UGUCUAAAUGCUAACAUUAACCCUAGUGAAAAGGGGUUUACUUCAACCUCCACAUCGACCUAAACUUUCACGUCGAUUAAGUUUUGGCUCGACCUUGUACCCAACACAUCCAGAAAAUUAUACUCUAUCACUUCUACAGUUCAACAAAUUAACGAUAUAUAUUUUUCCUAAAUUAAUUUCAUGUUUUUGUCGCCUUGCAUCGUUCGUGUUAACACAUAUAUUUGUGUGUGUGUGGUGUAUAUUUAUGAGUAAAUGGAUGUAAAGUAACGUUAGCAAUCCACUAAUUAUGCCUUUUAUGUUUGUGGUGGAGUGUUCGUUGAGAUUUAUGAUUUAUCGUAUGGCGUCAUUUGGUACGUCAUUAGGGUUCUACUUAUAGUUCCAAUUGUAUAAAUAUCAAUAUAUAUGAACUGUGUGCAUCGUAUAUAUAUAUGUACAUACAUGCAUAUGGAUAAAUGUUUACGUAAGGGUAGCUUUAGUUAACGAGUUUCGAUCUUUUUCGAUUUUUUUUUGCUUUGCAACUUUAAAAAUCGAUUGGUUUCUCGUGAUAUUAACAUAUUAUAUAGGUGGGGAUGCAAAUAUUGGGAUAAUUGUACUAAUGACAUCAGUGAAUGAUAUAUCAUAACUUUCAUACAAUUAAAAAAUAGUUUUUCUGCGUAUCGACCUACUAAAUUAAGUUUUAGUUUUUUUCCGAAUGUACCUCCAUCAUGGCUGAAUCAUUGGCCGUAGAAAAAAGAUAUAUUAAUUUCAGGUUCUGAAUUUUUUGCUUUUUUUUUUGAUAAUUCAGAAUUUUAGUUAAUAGAUCAAGGGCUUUAUGAAUAAAAAUAGAGUGAUGGAAUUCAUAUUUUUGAGAGAAGAAAAAGGAGGGACCCAUGUGAAGAUUAAGUUCUUAACGAUGUUUCCUGUUUUGCACUGGGCCUUUAUAAAGAGAAGGGUUUAGGAUUGUAUUGGGCCCUUAUAUUUGUACAUUUUGGCCCGAUAUAAAAAAACCGAAGGCUGACUAUUAUUACCUCACGUUACGGGUCAACGUUUUUGUAAACUAAGCAGCAAUGCCAAAUAAUAUUAUUUUAUUUUACUUUGGAUUGGUUUUGGUGAUUUGGUCCAAUUACAAUCUCCUUUACCCACUUAUCAGUAGUGGCAUAUUAUGCCAAAAAACAAUUUUCAGCAGUGGCAGAAAUAUAUACGUAAGUCCAUCACCUCCCUAUAAAUAUACUUCUUGAUGUUUCAAAAUAAAAAAAGUUUUAUAUAUAUUAAUGGGGUUUUUUCUUGUUUUCCACUAAAGAUAUAUAAAUAUAAAUAUAUAUGCAGCUAAUUUUCUUGAAGUAUGAAUCUAUGAUGGAUAAAUGGUUAAUCUUUAGAAACACUAUGAAAUUUUAUCAAAUCCACUUUUCUAUAUAUAUAUAUAUCCUAAAAACUAUGAAAUUUUGAAAACGAGUGAAAUAGAUACACAUCUUUUGUUUCCUUUUGAAAAAGAGUGAAAUAGAUAUACAUCUUUUUUUUUUUUUUACAACUGUAAUUUUUUAAUAGAUAAGAACAUUAACAAAUGAAAAGAUAAGAUCAAAACACUCUAUUUUUUUGUUCUUAAAAUAAGAACUAGACUAAGAAAAGAGAUGACCAAGAUUGACUAUAUAUAAAGAUGGUUUAGUCAUUGGUUUUCAAUAUAUCCAUAAUUAAUUUAUAAUCACAAAAUGGCAAAUCUCUCCAGUUUACUCACGACAGCUCUCCUCCUUUGCACCGCCAUGCUAACGUGCACCGCCCGCCCGGAACCUGCCUACUUCGCCUCCUUCACAACCUCUCCGGCGGAUACACUUAGUCUGGAAAUGAUAGAAUCAAAACUACAUGACGUGGCGGGAGAGAGCUGCGAUAAAGAAGACGACGAAGAUUGCUUGGUGAGAAGAACAUUGACGGCUCAUCUUGAUUAUAUCUAUACACAGAAGAAUAGUCACCAUUAGCUAUAAAUGUUAAUUAUUGUAACUGUUGUGAAUUCAAAUUAUUCUCACAUGUUACGAAUGUGUAUAUAGAAUCAUUAAU